AUGGCGUGCUUCCUGUUUGCAGAACGGCUCACGCCUGCGGCAAACACACGAGCUCCCGGUGGUCCCGAGCAUUUGCGGAAGUGUUUGGAAAUACUUUACCGCGUGUCACAACGGAGCGACCAGAUCCAGGCGUUGGAGGACCCACAAUUUGAACUCAUGGCACAAUUCUGCUUCUUCCAAGUUCGCUGCUUCCUAAUCGGCGUCUGUCAGACUGCCCAGCCAUCCAAAAGAUCGUAUAACAUCAACACGGAUGUCGAUUCACCCAAUGGAACACAUCCUCUCAGACUCUUGAUCGACUUCAGUUCUGCGAAGAAUCGGCUUGACUCGGGCGUGCCACCCCAGUACCCGAUCUCAGAUCCGUCAGUUCCGUGCUUGGUCCCAUUACACGACGCUAGCUGCUGCCAAGAUCUACGCGAUAUGCAGCAUCUUCCUGCUUGCAACAUGUUGACUAUGAUAGUUCACAUGUUUCACGCAGGGCAACAGGAUCGGGCUGCGGUUUUGAACGACCACACCUUACUGCGGUUCAGUCAUCUACUACCUCAGGACGAAUCAGUUUUCCACAGUUGGGAGAAGACGCAUCUCAGUUUCGGUCCAAAGCUUUCUCCCUCGAGGAGGUUUCGCAGUCUACUACGGGAUGCCGGACUGCCCGCUGGAUGGUUGCAGAACGGUGCAAACCACAACGAUGCGCCUCCAUUGUCCAGGUUCUUGACUGAGACUUUUAAGUACAAAGGAGAGUCGGGGAAGGAAGAGACAGUUACCAUUCUCGAGAUACUGAAGAGUCUCGCGGAUAGAGUCGAUCUUACGCAGGCUGUAGAGGAAGACAGACUUGCGAGCGACGAUGGGGAGACCUUCCGGGGAAUGGCCCGAGUCAGAGACCUUUUCCCCCGCCACCCGCCAAGGUCUCCUGUACUUCCCGGCGAUAUGGACUUGCAGAAUGUGUUGGUUGAAUCAGGAGGGGCCAUCAACCAUCGCGACACGGAAGAAGGCUCAUCUCCCCGAGGCUCUAUCGUCGCAGCCGAGCCUCCUGCAGGCUCAACGACGUUACCAACAACUCAGCAGGACGACGCCAAGAAGCGUGCUGAUUGA